AUGAAGCGAGGUGGCCAUCCUCCAAAGAAGGCCCGGCUGGAACUUGAUGACGAGGAGGAGGCGCUGGACCCGAUUGCAGCAGCUAUCGAAGCAAAACGUAAGUCCUUUGAGGACAUAGCGGCGUGCAUGAGCUUGAUGGUUGUGCGCGAGUUUGGCUCAAAAGGUCAAUGUCACAGGUCUUCGCUUACUAGAGGCAAGCAAGGGAGCCGACCCCUUAGCACCCGACGCUGUCGCAACGAGGCCGCAGCGUGUGGACAGCGCCCCAGUGAUGCAGAUGAAGCGUCCUCCGCGUCGCCUGAAGCGUCCUCGGAGGAUGAGCGUGAUGGCCAGAUGGCUGACGCGGCGACGGCGAUGGCGUCCGCGGCGGGCCGCAGCAGGCUGCGCACCCAAUCGGCAACGCAGGUGGCGGCUCGGGGGUCGGCUUCAGCAGGCACUGCAGCUCUGCCGUCCGGUCGCGAGGAGGCGUGUGGUGGGGAGCCAUCCCCUGGACCAGGUGCUGCUGAUGCGGUAGCUGGUGCGAGUACAGCUGUAGCACCGAAAGUGCGUAGUGUGGAUGGCGCUGCUUUAGCUGGUGGGAAGCAGCCCCCAGGCAAAGGGGUGGCUUCGGCAGCAGGUGCUGGAGGUGGCGAUGCCAUGGAUUUAGAGCUUGCCAGCUUCCUGCAGGAGCUCGAGGCCAGCGGUUUGCUGGGCGAGGCUGACGGCGUCGGCGAGGAGCCGGACGGUGCUGCGGCAAGCGAGGCGGGCGCAGAAACAGCCACCACGAACACGCCAGGUGGAGGACUUACUGGUGCACCGCCAUCCACCGCUGCCACCACCGAAAAUGCUGCCGGCGCCGAGCAGCGCGUGCUAGGCUACCUGCUGCAGGCGCCCGAAUGGAGCAAAUGCCUGGACACGGGGUCCAGCAAGGUGUACUAUUGGAACCUCACCACAGGGGAGGUGGCCUGGGAGCCGCCGCCUAGCACGGACGGCGACCUGCUCCUGCCGCCUGAGGAACCGGAAGCCGAGUCUGGCGGCGACGGCGCCGAUGUAGCAGCAUCGACGGGCGCUGCGCCUAUUUCCUAUGGACUUGAUAGGGAGGUGACCCAAGGGCAGUCUAUGGUGGUCGGCGAGGCGCACGGUGGAGGUGAAGAAGCUACGGCGGCAGCGGAACAGACGGCGACGGCUGUGCUGGCGGAGAAAGAGGAAGAGGCGGCGGCAUUGCCGGCGAGUGGGAUGGAGGUGGUUUCGGGGCUAGGACUGUCAGUUGCGGCCCCAGAGGUGUGGGAGCCCAGCAGUGCAACGGCGGCGGAUCAGGAGGACACUGGCGAUGAGGGCGGCGGGACAGCUGCCGCCAGCACGGACGGGGCCGUGGACCGUGGAGGGAUAGCCACAGCGGCGCCGCCACACGCCAUGGAGGACACAGAGCCUGGCGAUGGUCCCGCGGCUGCAGCAGCUACGGCGUCCCCUUCGCUAUGCCCGGAGGCAGCACCAGCAGCGCCGCAAGCUACGGUGCCGCCGCUGGGCACCGAUGCAUUGAUGGAGGUGGAGUGUCUGAACGGGCGCUCCAGCGGCGGCGGAACCGUCGCCUCGGCAUCUGCGGGUGGCGAGUGCCAAGCGCCGGUGGGUCACGAUUUGGGUCAGGAGGGAAUAAAUGAGGCGAUGGCGCCAGGAGCAUCAGGCGCAACAGCAUCUGGCGCUGGGCCUAUGGGAGGUCCUGUCGUAGAGGUGCCGCGGCGGGAAGCUGAGGACGUUACGGAGGCGAGCACCGGCGGAAGCGAAGGGCGAGAGCCAGUGCGCGCCGCGGCGGCCCGCGCUGCAGCGGGUGUGGACCUUCCUCCGCUGGUGCGUUUGGCGGUCGAGGCGCAGAUCCGGGCAGAGGACUGGCGGCAGCUGUCGGCGCAGCAGUCCGCAGCGGCAGCUGCGGGCCAGCCUGCAGAUGCGGUGUGUUGGCCCACCUUGGAGCGGCACUGGGUGCAUCGGAUCAAGCAGCUACUGGAGGCGCUGCCGGCGGCGAGAGCAGAGAUGCAGCGGAUGCGGCUGGGCGUCCAGGUGGCCAUGUUGCCGAACGCGGCAGCCGCCGCCGCCGCCACAGCGGGACCAGCAGCAGCCGGCUGGGCAACUCUUGGCCCUGGCCUCGAGCUGCCCAGUGGCCCAGCGGCCUCGCCUGGACGCGACCGCGCGGCCGCACAGACCGGUGAAAGCGUGGCAAAGACAGGCUCUGCGACGGAGACGGAAACAGCGGUCAUUGCACCAUUACAGUUACGCAAAGCUCCUGGAGACGGGAGUGCGGCCGUUGGUGACGGCGGCGACGGCGCUAAGGUGGCCGGGGGAAAGGCGUCGCCCCAGAAUGGCGAGGUAGGGGGCCGGGCGGAGGGCGAGGAUGAUAUGGAGGAGGGCGAGCUGGCCGAGACCGCGACCCGCGGUUCACCGGCUCCAGCAACUGCCGCCGGCACAGCAGCUGACGAAGCGGCUAGCGGGAUGGCCGGGCCGAUGCCUACGGCAGAAGCAGCAGGAGCGCCUGGAGCGUCAGCAGCUGUGGCACCGGCUGCCAUACCGUACAUGUACGACGGCACAGCAUUCGAUAUGCAGGGUUAUUAUAAUUGGUCCGCGCACUUGUAUCGGUACCAUGUGUCGUACGUAGAAGCAGGCCAUUAUCCGUACGUGUUGCCCGGCGCGGUUGGGGGAGAUGUCGAUGCGGAGCAGCCGCCGCUGCCCCCGCUGCCGGAAGACGGCUGCGCUACUGCCACCGCCGGGCCGCUGCCGGUUUCAUCGCCUGCACCGCCGCCACCGCCGUCGCCGCUACCGCCGGUGCCGCCAUUGCCGGGUCCAGCUGAGGAGGCGUUCCCGCCGCUGCCCCCGGAUGUCCCUUUGCCCCCGGAACCUACCGUCAUUGACGAUGGAGAUGACAUGGUAAUCGAGGAAGGCGGUGGAGCCUCCCCGGGUACGGCACCGGUUCCGCCCGCGGGCGACCACGUCGCGCCGCCGCUCCCCCCGGGCUUCGAGUCGGCGACCGCGUACAUCAGCAUGUACGGACAGAACGCGUACGACGCAUACAUGUCGCAAAUGUAUGGGUACGCGUAUGGCAUGGCGCCGCCGCCGGCGACCACAUCGGCAGGGCAUGAGGCGCUGCAAUUCGCGAACUUGUACCUGGGGUACGGGGGUGCAGCGGCAGCAACUCAGCUGCCGCUGCCCGCAGCCGACGCUGAGGUGGUGGCGGCGGCUGUGGAGGAAGGGCCGACUGCUGUACCAAGCGCGGCCGCCGCCGCCACGAAGCCGUUGGUCUCGCAGCCCAAGCGUAAGGAGUACCGAUCGGAGCCGAUCCGGAACCCAGUAGCUGUGGGGAUAGCGACGAUAGGUCCUCUAGGAGCGGGCAGGGGAGAGGCAGGUGCAGACGACGGGGGCGACUCGGGUCCUGCACGCGCGCGCGUCAGCCCGUCGCCCACGCCGCCGCCAUUGGAUCUCCUGAACAUGCACGUGCUGCCAGCAGAGCCGGCUGGCGGCGCCGCCACGGCACCGGCUGCCGCCGCCGGCGCUGUGGCUGCAGCAGGAAAGCGGAAGCUCGCAGCAGCAGCCGGCUCCAUAACUGCCGCCGCCGCUGGCGGCGGUGCGAAGCGCAACAAGGGCCUUGGGGGGCGAAUGGGUGCGCUGGUUCAGCAGUGGAGUGCAGCUCAGAAGCAGUUGGAAGCAGAAGACGAGGAGAGGGCUCGCAAGGCCGCGGAGGCAGAGGACCCAGACGCCCAGGAGCGCAAGCGGUUGGCUGAAUUGGAGCGGUGGAAAUGGGAGCAGCAGGUGACGGGCGCGUCACGCGACAAUGCAAACUUUGCGCCCCUGGGAGAUUGGCGAUCUCGUUUCCCCAAGAUGGCGGCACAACAGCACGAUGACCAGCCGGGCGGCGGUGAAGGCGGCGAGGCUGGCGGCACAGCGGCCACCGAGGACGCCACCACUGCUGCCGCCGCUGCUGCCGCCGCCGGCUCCGCCGGCUCAAAAAAAGCAAAGAAAGCGGCCAAGGAAGAGUCGAAACGGGAGAAGAAGGAGAAGAAGGUAAAAAAAGACAAGAAGGAGGUGGUACCUGCAGCGCCGGAAGGCGGCGGCAGACAGCCACAUGUGGCGGCGACGACGGUGACGACGACGACGACGACUGCGGCGGUGGUGGCUCCAGUGCUGAAUUUCAAGACGAAGCCCGACCUCGACGCCUUGUCUGCGGGUCUGCCGUCUGGCUGGAGGGCCAUGUGGGACAAGAACAGCGGCGACGUGUACUAUGGCAACAUGACGACAAGGGAGACCCGGUGGACCCGGCCAGGCUGAGAUGACGGAGAAGGAGAGCGGCGCAUGGCGACUAUGCGUGUUGCGCAUCCGGAAUGCUUGGCGGUCAUGUUGAUGUGAAGGACCGACCGACAUAUGGAUGGGCGGCCGGGUGUAACAUGACGGGGCGGAACAGAGAAGUGGACGGCGGUUGGAGGCCAAUCCACUGCUUAGGUUGCAUGUUGUCUUUGUCACCUAUAUUGUUGUUGUUGUUGUUACAUGGUCGUGGGUGCG